AUGGGCUUUGUUGGGGCUAGUGGCGGUGCCUGUGGUGGCGGGCUGUCCGAGUACGUGGCAGUCGAUGCCAACAUGGUCUAUCGGCUGCCGGAUACCAUCCAUCUGGAGGACGCCGCCGUCAUCGAGCCUCUGACCGUUGCGCAUCACAGCAUCAAGACUUCUGGUGCAGACUUUGCGAACGAAAAGAUCAGUGUCUUGAUCUCUGGAGGUGGCCCAAUUGGCUAUGCAAUGGCACUGACGCUCAGAGCCCACGGUGCAAGUAUGAUCAUACUGAGCGAGCCUACUUUGAAAAGACGUACUUAUGCAGAGGACAUUGUCGAUGUCAUCGUCGACCCGCUCACGGAGAAUGUUGGCGACAAGUGUCGGCAAGCUACUGAAGGAGCUGGUGUCGAUAUCGUUUUCGAUUGUGCGGGAAGCAAAAGGGCAUCGGAUGACGCGUUCGACGCCAUCAAGAUCGGAGGGCGAUUCGUGAAUGUUGCAAUGUGGUCAUCCUCGGUCUCAAUUCCAUACUAUCCCUUCUUUCGGAAGGAGGUACAGUUCUACAGCUCGUGCUGCAAGUUCACUGGUCUGGAGAAGAUGAUCACGCGUCGAGUAGGGCUGGAAGACAUUGUGAGGGACGGCUUCGAGGAGCUGAUCCACAACAAAGACGAGCACAUCAAAAUACUGAUAUCUCCCAAGAUGAAGGACUACAGCAAAGAGAUUCCGACCGAUGAUUCCACCUGUCGCUCUCCGCCUCAAAUGCACUCAGAAGGGCUGGUUAACGAUGCGACUGGAUUGCUGGUAGCACCCACAGACGUCUCGUUAUUCCAAUCGCUCCAGGAUGGCAUCACACACGUGAGCCUCUCAGCUGCUCAGUUGCCGCCAUCCCCGAACAGCCUUCGUCGUGGCGAUGCUGGAGCAGACAUCACCGAAUUUCCCAAGAAUCUCUACCUUGCAGAAGACCUGGUUGCCAAACAAUCCACGCAGGUCUCCCUGACAGAUGAAGGGAGUGCACAUCGUAGAGCCGAGCAACUACAUAUGCUAACACCUCCUCUCUCGACUCCAGCAUUGUCAUUACCCGGCAUGAAGGACUUCAAGUUUCUGGAAGCCAAAGGAGUCUGGGACCUCCCAUGUGAGUCCGUGCUAGUCUCAUCGAUCACGGGGUUUAUCGACUACGUAUAUCCCCUGACACCAUUACUGGACCUUCAGAAGGAGCUUAACUGCAUAGCAUCGAAUGGCGAAAGCGGCAAGAUCAGUCUGCUCUUACUGUAUGCGGUGGUGCUUGCAGGCAUCCCAUUCAUGAACCACUCGCUAUUAUCAGAGGCGGGUUACAGCAGCGCAUCUGUGCUUUCCAAGACCAUCUAUCGCCGACUACGGCUACUAUAUGAUUUCGAUUGCGAGCAAGAUCGAUUGAUCCUCGUCCAAUGCCUGCUCCUGAUGACAUACUAUCAUGAAGACACAGACGGCUUGAAACACCUACGACACUGGCUUGGCAUAGCGUACAGAACUGCCAUAGACAUAUGCCUCAACCGGGAGCCUAGCGCUGAUUCGUCUGACAAAGGACACCACAAACUGUGGAAACGCCUGUGGUGGUGUUGCAUUAUUCGUGAUCGUGCCUGCGCGAUAGGCAUGCGACAGUACAGUCUGAUCAGCGACGACGAAUGUCUCUGGAAAGGGCUCGUGAUCUCGGACUUCGACAUUCGUGGACCUUCACCAGGAGUCAGCGCAAUGUUUCGAUCCUCUCAUUUUCUGCUGGACACAACCAUCCAACACCAACUUGCCGAGCUUUGCAUCGCACAAAUUGCCCUAUGGGAGCAGCUUGACCAAAUAAUGAGGCUGCGCUACCAUCACAAGAGUCCUUUGUACGGAAGCACACGCGAGACUACGUUGCUUCUGGUGCCAAAGCCAAAGACGACUGACCUGGCAGGCCUUCACCAGUGCGGAGCACUUCUGGCCUCGUGGUCCGAACGAUAUUGGGACAGAUUCAUCGGUGAGCAAACAGCAAGCCUUGACAACCAACCAACGAUCUUACUCAUCCACACCGCUAUGGUCAGGUUGCUGUAUCACAUGCUAACGUCCACUCUUCACCGACAACAUCAACAAAGUGUGGACUCGAAUCAGAAAGAAGCACGAGGACCCGACCCAUUCAAGGCGCGGUCUAGCGCAGCGCAGAUGCUCUCGGUCUUCGAGCACGUCCAGUGGCGAAAUCUGUUGCAUCUGUUGCCCGGAUGGUCGGUGACCGUGCUGAUGCAGGCUGCGUUGACUUUCAAAGACUUUAGCGCAGAGAAUCCUGACCAGGUCUGCAGAAGGUUGCAGGACUGUAUUGAAAUUCUGCGUGGCUUACGGGAACGUCAUCUACAUGCCGCGUUUGGUGUCAACCUCCUCUCAAGCUUUCUGGCAUGCAGGAAGAGAGCCUCAAAUGGACCGCUGCCGGCACUUCGAUCGGCGGACGUUUCUGACAGCUCCUGUCGAGAUGGUCAAGAAGAUCAGAGUCACGGUGUCGACGGCAUACUGUUUACGCCGGCGGGCAAGACAGGCCAUAGGGUCUCUGACGACCUGUCUGACCUCGGUCUACCCGACUGGGAUCCUCCAGCCUCGUGGUUCACUGAGUUUCUGGACGAGAAUCUAUGA